CCUUGCAAUACAGCCAAGGGGGGCAAAAUAUGGACAAAUUCUUGUUGAUUUCCUUACUUGGUUUGCUGAUUGUGGCUCAUGGAGUUGCAGGUAGCAUGAAGUGUGACAACUUUGAUAUGCUUGAAGAACUUAAAAGCCUGGAGGACCUGGACAUUGAUGAAGAGACUGAGGUAGAACUCUCCGACAUUCCUUCAUGGAGAAGUGAGCGCGCCGGAAAGGUUCUUGUGAAUGUUGAUAGCUUUGGUGCUGCUGGAAAUGGAGAAUCUGAUGACACCGAGGCUUUCCAAAAAGCAUGGGAAGUUGCGUGCUCUACACCAAAAUCUGUUCUAUUAGUUCCUCAAGAUCGCCGUUACCUAGUUAAUGCAACAAAAUUCAGAGGGCCUUGUGCAGACAAGCUAAUCAUCCAAAUUGAUGGAACAUUGGUUGCACCAGAUGAGCCUAAGGACUGGGAUCCAAAACUGCAACGAGUCUGGCUUGAUUUUUCUAAAUUGGAAAAAGUUGUUUUUCAAGGUAAUGGAGUUAUUGAUGGCUCAGGAAGCAAAUGGUGGGCAGCAUCUUGCAAAAAGAACAAGUCAAAUCCUUGCAGAGGUGCACCAACGGCACUAACCAUUGAUUCAAGCUCAGCUAUAAAGGUGAAAGGACUAACUAUCCAGAAUAGCCAACAGAUGCAUUUUACCAUAUCACGAUGUGAUUCUGUUAGAAUUAGUGGCGUGAAAGUAUCAGCACCCGGAGACAGCCCAAACACUGAUGGAAUUCAUAUUAGUGAAUCCACAAAUGUCAUAAUCCAAGACAGCAAAAUUGGAACAGGGGAUGAUUGCAUAUCAAUUGUCAAUGCUAGCUCCAAUAUCAAGAUGAAGAGAAUUUAUUGUGGACCAGGACAUGGAAUCAGCAUUGGAAGCCUUGGGAAAGACAACUCAACUGGGAUAGUCACGAAAGUUAUUUUGGAUACAGCAGUUCUUAGGGAGACUACCAACGGUGUCAGAAUUAAGACUUGGCAGGGAGGUUCUGGGUAUGUUCGAGGAGUUCGUUUUCAGAAUGUGAGGGUGGAAAACGUAUCAAACCCCAUUAUCAUAGAUCAAUUUUACUGUGAUUCGCCAACCACUUGUCAAACCCAGACAUCAGCUGUGGAAAUAAGUGAGGUUAUGUACCAGAACAUAAGUGGAACAACAAUGAGUGCAAAGGCCAUUAAAUUUGAUUGCAGUGAUACAGCUCCAUGCAGCAACCUAGUCCUUAGCAAUGUGGACUUGGAGAAACAAGAUGGCACUGUUGAAACAUAUUGUCACUCAGCUCAAGGCUUUGGCUAUGGGGUGGUGCAUCCUUCUGCUGAUUGCCUCAAUUCCAAUGACAAAAAUUCUCAAAUUGAAGAAUCAACUAUGGAGGAAGAUAUUCGUCACACUGAACUAUAAGUUUGCUCUCUAUAGAUGCAUUAUACAAUAACCCUUUUAUUAUAAUUUUAUAUCAUACGGGGAGGUAAAUGGGUCUAAGUAACAGUAGAAGCCAUAUGCUGAGGAGGUUUGAGGUGAGGUAAGAGACAAAUCAAGGGAUGCAUUAUUGUUUAUUAAAUAAUUAGAAA